AUGGAGGGCAGCAGCAACAGCAUCUGGGCGCAGGCACCAUCUCACCUCGGGGACAACUUCCUGGUGGCCUUCAUGCAGAACGACGUGCAGCAGAACCUGCAGAGCGACCUCCGGCUACUCCUCACGGGUUCCUCCCCCUCCACCUCGGUCACCAUUUCCAUGAGGAAACCUGGGCUGAGGAUGACUCUGCAGGUGACUGCCGGCCAGACUGUCCUGGUGAAGAUCCCACCCCAGGCUGAGAUGGUCGGGAGCAGGACCUUUGACAACGCCGUGGCGGUGAAGGCCUCCAGCGCCAUCUCCUUGGUGAUGGUCAACGAGAAGCCAAACUCUGUUGACUCUGCCCUGGUGGCCCCAGUCCAUGCCUGGGGCACUGAGUACCAGGUGGUGACCCCCAGCGUGGGGACUGACCGCUACAGCCAGUUUGCGGUGGCUGCCUGGGAUGAAACCACCAAGGUGGAGGUGCAGCUCAAAGCUCCAGUGACCUUCCAGGGCAGGUCCUACCCUCGGGGGUCAGUGAUCUCUCUCCAGCUGGAGCCCUUCCAAGCUGCCCAGUUCCAAAGCCCAGCAGAUCUGUCUGGGACCAAGGUGACCUCGGACAGGCCGGUCGCUGUCUUCAGUGGUCACACCUGCCUGGCCAGGUUCUCCACUUGUGACCACCUGGUGGAGCAGCUCCAGCCGGUGUCUAGCUGGGGGACUACCUUCAUCGUGCCUCCCUUGCCCUUUGAGACCCAGUCAGACAUCGUCUAUGUCUCCACCUCACAGAAGACAAAGGUGGAGGCUCAUCAUGGGGCCACCAAAACGCUCCGAGACCUCCGCGCCGGCAGGACCACCUUCUAUGGCCUCCAAGCUGCCAACACCUUGACCCUCAAGGCCAGUGUUGGUGUCCAGGUCAUCUUCUUCUCAGAUGGAGGCCUCAAAGGUGACAUCUCCUACGACCCCUUCUUUAUGACCAUCCCAGAUGUCUCCAGCUACUGCAGCUCCUACAAACUCUUCACCUUGGAUGGUUAUGACAACUACGCCCUGCUGGUGGCCCAGACCUUGGCCACAGCUGGGCUCAAGCUCAACCAAAGCCCCUUGAGGAACCUCUCCUGGAAGCCUGUCCCUGGCACCGACUAUGCCUGGGCAGGGCUGAGCUUGGGUAGACAGUUUGGUGUCCACACCAUGGAGCAUGAGACCUCCCGCUUUGGUCUCCUCAGCAUUGGGGUCCGGGAACAGAAGGCCUAUGGCUUGGUGGCCGUCUGCAACAGCGAUCCUUGCCUCCUGGUGAGCUGCCGGCCCAAGGAGACCUGCACGGUGGAGAAGGGUGAAGCUCUUUGUGCCCAUGACUACAUGGGCACCUGCAUGGGGUCACCACCCCUCCAGUACCACACCUUCGAUGGACUGACCCUGCACACCCAGGGCGGUUGCACCUACACUCUGGCCAAGUAUUGCGGCAAGGAUCCCACCCUGGAGUCCUUCAGUGUGGAGGAGAAGAGGACUGAAGGUGAUCUCAAGGAGUGGUUGACCAAUGUCUAUGUCUAUGGCUACAACAUCUCCAUCCACAAAGGAGAAGGAGGUGACAUCAAGGUCAACAACCAAGCCACCACCCUCCCAACCACCUUGGGAGCUGAGAAGGUCCAGAUCUUCCGCAGCCAAGGUCAUGUCAUCCUCCAGACCCAGUUUGGGCUCCAGGUGACCUAUGACGAAGCCUGGGCCAUAGCCUUGGCCCUGCCCAGCAGCUACUUUGGGGCCACCUGUGGCCUUUGUGGCAACUUCAACGAGGACCUGGAAGAUGAGAUGAAGCUUCCUGGUGGGACUCCAGCUCCCAGCCUGGAGGAGUGGGUUGAAAGCUGGCGAGAUGCCUCCUGCCAGGUCCAUUGUGGAGACCAGGAGGUGCUGCAGGACACAGGAGGAUGUGAGGUCCAUGAGACCAAGACUUCAAUGGAGGGCUUUUCUUCAGGACCCCCACAAGGUUCUCGAACCCCUGGUGAUAUCAACCAAGGCAAUGGUCGCUCCUACAAGGUCCAGGAGGAGUUCUGGGCUGAUGGGAGCUGCCGGCGCCGCUGCAGAUGUGAGGCUGGUGGGAAGGCCACCUGCAGGGAGGUUGGGUGCAGAGCCCAUGAGAAGUGUGUGGUGGCUGAGGGUGUCCCCAGCUGCCAGGCCACCAAGUUCCUGACCUGUGUGGGGACAGGAGACCCUCACUACACCACCUUUGACGGUCUCAGGUUUGACUUCCAAGGGACCUGUGUCUACCAGCUCGCUGCGCUCUGCAAGGAGGAUCCCGGGCUGGUCCCCUUCGUGGUCACGGUGGAGAACAACAACCGCGGGAGCAAAGCUGUGUCCUUCACCAAAAGGGUCACCUUGGAGGUCUAUGGUGACGUCGUCACCAUGAGCCAGGAGCACCCCAAGAAGGUCAAGGUCAAUGGUGCCUUUGUGGAGCUCCCUUUUGGCCAGAAGGACCACUUUGAGGUCUACCACAGUGGCGUCCAUGGCUUCAUCAGGACUUCCUUCGGGCUGAGGGUCAGCUUUGACUGGUACAGCUAUGCCAGGGUCAUCCUCCCCACAGCUUAUGCCGGUGCUGUGUGCGGCCUCUGUGGCAACGCCAACGGCAACCCAGAAGAUGACUUCACCACCCAGCAGGGUCAAAUGGCCACCAAUGAGGUCCAAUUUGCCACCAGCUGGAAGGUUGGAGAAGUUCCUGGUUGCUCUGCAGGUUGUGUUGGGGAUUGUCCAAGCUGCAGCGAAGAGCAGAAGAAGAUCUACCGUGGGGAGAAGUACUGUGGGGUCAUCUCCAGGCCUGAAGGACCUUUCAAGGCUUGCCACCAGGUGGUCAACCCAAGGUCCUACCUUGAAGAUUGUGCCUUUGAUGCCUGUCACUACAAAGGCCACCGGGACACCCUUUGCAAAGCCAUUGCCGCCUAUGUCACUGCCUGCCAGAGCCAGGGGGUGGCCGUGGAGCCCUGGAGGACCUCCACCUUCUGUGGUCCAUCCUGUCCCCGCCAUUCCCACUAUGAGCUGUGUGGUUCCAGCUGCCCGGCCACCUGCCGCGGUGGCCAGGCCAACCCUGAGGAUUGCUCCUUGCUUCCAUGCACCGAAGGCUGCUUCUGUGACCAGGGCUUUGUCCUCAGUGGUGACCAGUGCGUCCCAGCUGGGGGGUGUGGCUGUGACCACAGGGGGCGCUACUACAAGAAGGGGGAGGAGUUCUACCAAGCUUCCUGCCGGGAGCGCUGCCUCUGCAAAGGCCAAGGGUUGGUGGAGUGUGAAGAGGUAUUCUGCAGUGCCCACGAAGAGUGCAGGGUAGAAGAUGGGGUCCUGGGCUGCUUUCCGGCAGGAUAUGGGCGCCUGGUGGUGUCAGGAGACCCUCACUACCUGACCUUCGACGGCAGAGCCUUCCACCUGCCUGGCUCCUGCACCUACGUCCUGGCCAAGGUCUGUAGGCCCCAGCAGAGGUUGACCAACUUCACAGUGCUGCUGGAGCAUGACGUGGGUGGCCGUGGCAACCUGGCGCUGAUGAAGAGGGUGGUGGUCAGCAUCCACGGGGCCACCAUCAGCAUGGAGAGGGGACGCAGCUGGGAGGUGAUGGUGGACAGAGAACUCUUCACUCUGCCCCUGGUGACUGAGGACAGGAAGCUGAAGGUCAGCCAGGAAGGCAACAACAUUGUCCUGCAGACAGCUGCCGGCCUGCGCCUGCUCUACAACUCAGCCACCUACCUCCUGCUCACCAUCCCUGAUGCCUACCGGGGCCGCGUCUGCGGCCUGGGCGGCAACUACAACGGCAACCCUGGGGAUGACUUCCAGCUGCCUGGUGGCACCUUGGCCAGCAGCACCCAAGACUUUGUCACCUCCUGGAAGGUGGAGGUGGAAGCGGAGGCAGCGGCUUGCACUGAUGGCUGCACCCCCGAACUCUGCCCCCUCUGUGAUGUCACUGCCCCCACUGCUGCUCCCUACAGAGCCGCCGAUUCCUGUGGCCUCAUCCGAGACCCAAAGGGACCUUUCAGGGCUUGCCACCCUAGGGUGAGCCCUGUGGAGUACUUUAAUCAUUGCCUCCACGACCUUUGUGCUGCUGAAGGAGCAAGGGAGGUCCUCUGCCACAGUCUCCAGGCCUACAUGGCUGCUUGCCAAGCUGCCGGCGCUGAGGUCAGCAGGUGGAGAACGGCCACCUUCUGCCCCCUCUCCUGCCCAUCCAACAGCCACUAUGAGCUCUGCACCAGGACCUGUGACUUCACCUGCGCUGGGCUGACGGCACCAGCGCCCUGCGGCUGGAGCUGCUUUGAAGGCUGUCAGUGUGAUGAUGGCUUUCUCUUUGACGGCGGUGUCUGCGUGUCCCUGGAGAAGUGUGGCUGUGUCCACCACGGGAGGUAUUUCAAGGCAGGUGACACCAUCCUGGCCAACAACUGCUCCACCAGCUGCAGCUGUCACCCGUCCCAAGGCCUCCUCUGCCAGGACACUGAAUGUCCCCCAGAGCAGGUCUGUACCACGCAGGAUGGAGCUCAGAGGUGCACCAAGCAGGAAGGUCACUGCCACCUCACUCCUGGGGCCACCUUGACCACCUUCGAUGGUGCCAGUGGAAGGCUUCUGGCCAGUGGCACCUACAAGAUGACCUCCCUCUGCCAUGAGCAGUCCCCCAACUGGUUCAAGGUGGUGGUGGAUGUCAGCGAAUGUGGAGAGGACCAAGUCCCUGCCGUUACUGCCACCUUCAUCUUCUUCCGGGAAGCCUUCAUAAGGGUCAAUGCCAACAUGGAGGUGUGGGUGAAUGGUCUCUUCACCCCACUUCCAGCCGUGGUGGCCAAAGUCAUCUCUUUGAAGGAGGCCCUGGGGAACAUCACUGUCUCCCACCCAUCAGGGCUGGAUGUCCUCUUCAGCCCAAGUGGGGAGGUGACAGUGACCGCUGGGGCCACCUUGGUCAAUCAGCUCUGUGCUCCAUGUGGGAACUUCAACAGUGACCCAAGCGAUGACCUGAAGCUUCCUGAUGGUCGGACCAUGAGAAGCAUCGGGGAGGUGGUCGAUGCCUGGAAGGCCAAGGACUUCACAGGGUGCGACUGACACCCAAUGCCAAGGACGUUCCACUGCCAUGCCUCCAACCUGAUGAGGACAGAGGUGGAAGCCCCUAUCUACCCCCUGCAGUAGAUGAAGCUACCUGGUGGAUCCACGCCAGAAGACAACCUUGCAAUCGCGCCCCACCCCCAGUUGAUGCCCUCCUCAAAAAUAACCUUCCAGAGCUUCUCCUGCUUUUGGAAGAUCCAAAGGAUGGCCCUUGGUUGACCUUCUGCAAGCCCAGAAGGACAGCAGCACUGAGCUUUGAGGGACAUCUAUGGUUGAAGGAUCUCAAAGACCAGCAGAGAGACCUUGGGCUUCUGGGUUCCUCUUCCAAGGUGGACCUGGAUGGUCUUGGUUCCUCUUCCACUGAAGAACCUCUGCCUGCUGGUGGCUCCCAUAAUAAAUCAGUU